AUGGAUCUAGGACGUUCUUUUGGCUCUACGGGCAAACAGUUACUCGAUAAGCUCCAAAGUACCACCAUAUCAUUGUCCAAUUACUGGUUUCCAGUGAGCAUAGCGCGAAGCCAGAUAUUGUCGGCUUUGGAAAAAAUCGAAACUGGCACUCUAGAGAUCGUUUCUCGGGAUGGUCAAAAGUGGAAAUUUGGGAAAGGUGAUGGACCACAAGGCAUUAUCCAUAUACACAAUGACACUUUUUGGUAUCGAGUGUUUCUUUCUGCCGAUCUUGGUUUCGCAGACUCCUUUUUGCUGGGAGAGUUCUCGACGCCAGACCUGAUGGCAAUAUUCAAGGUUUUCAUUUUCAAUGAGCGGAACCUCUCCAGUCUAACCACCAGGCCCUACCAGCUCAUUUCAACCGUCUCAGAUCUCCUCUUCCGAACUUUUGAUACCGGUACCUUUACAAAUGCCCGUCUCAACAUGACCGCUGCUUAUGAUCUCUCCAAUGAGAUGUUCGAAGCCUUUCUCUCGCCCGACAUGACUUAUUCUGGUCCUAUUUAUCUGGAGCGGACCGAUCCACAAUUUGAAAGCGACACUCUCGAAGCGGCCCAAAUGCGCAAGCUGGAUAAGAUAUUGGCCAGCGUGAAUGCACAGCCUACGGAUCAUAUUCUGGAGCUUGGAACAGGAUGGGGAUCCAUGUGUAUUCGGGCAGCUACAACAAUUGGCUGUAAGGUGACGACCUGUACGCUGUCGGAGAUGCAGUACCAGCUGGCGCGGAAGCGUGUGAAAACACUCGGGUUGGAGAAUAAGAUUACUAUUCAUUUAUGUGAUUAUCGUUUGCUGCCCAUUCCAGAAACACCUUACGAUAAAGUUGUUUCGGUGGAGAUGAUGGAAGCUAUGGGUGACCAUGAAUUGGAGACAAUGUGGGCAACGAUCGAUCGGGUCUUGAAACCUAAUGGUGGUAUUUGCUCGAUCCAGACAACUACCAUGCCAGAAUCGAGAUAUAAGAACAUGUUUCCCAAGGGUGAAGGGUUCAUUCGCCGAUAUAUCUUCCCUGGCGGUCACUGUUCAAGUAUCACCAGAUUGCUCGGAGCAGUUCAGAAGGUAAACGCUCAACUGGACUUGGACUCUGUCAUACAGUACGGCUCUCAUUAUGCGCGAUGUCUCCUUGAGUGGAAUCGAAAAUUCCAAGAAAAUUAUGAGGAUAUCAUCUCUCCACUGUUGCGUGAGAAAUAUCAACUAUCGGACGAUGACCUUGAGAUAUUUUACCGAAAAUACGUUUAUUACUUCGAAUACACGGCAGCCGGGUUCGAAACCAAGGCCCUGAGCAUGUCCCAUGUCACUUUUAGUCGGCCUGGUACGUUGGCUUUGCUCCAGGAUGUUUAG